AUGGAUUUCUCCACGGUAAGCAUUAUCGGUUGGAUGUAUAUACUAUUUACCAUAUAUCGCUUAAUGCUUACAGUUUAUAAUUUAGUCUACCCGUUUUUCCUAGCUGAACCACGCAAUCUCCGCGAAGUUGCUGGCGCUAAAUGGGCAGUAAUUACUGGUGCGACAGAUGGUAUAGGUAAAGGAUAUGCAUUCGAAUUAGCAAGAAAAGGUUUUUCGAUAUUACUGGUUUCGCGCACACAAUCAAGACUCGACGAUGUUAAAGCCCAAAUUGAAAAAGAAACUUCUUCGGAGGUUCGAACAAUUGUUUUCGAUUUUUCUAGUGCAGAUAUUGAUUACUACGAACAUUCAUUGCUGUCACAAAUCCGAGCACUCGACAUCGGCAUUUUGGUGAAUAGCGUUGGAUCUACAUUCGAAUACCCCGAUUUGUACCACAAAGUUGACGGAGGUGUUAAACUAUUCAGGCAUAUCACUGUGAUCAAUAUCAUUCCUGUAACAUUGCUAAUGGCAGCUGUAUUACCGCAAAUGUAUGAACGAAAUUCAGGCAUUAUAGUCAAUGUAGCUUCAUCCUCGGCAUAUUACAAAUUACGCUGGUUCAGUGUGUAUGCCGCAUCGAAGAAAUAUAUCUCUUGGUUAACGAAAAUAGUGCAGAAAGAAUAUGCGAAAACCAAUAUUAUAAUACAGGAAGUGAAUCCAAUGAUUGUGGUCACAAAACUAGCCAAGGUCAAAAAACCGUCAUUUUUCCGACCAAAGGCUGACGUCUACGCUAGAUCUGCUGUGCAAACAAUCGGAAUCAUAAAGCAUACAACUGGAUAUUUUGCUCAUCAGAUAAAGGUGGAGUGCCUCAAAUGGCUACCGGAAUUCAUUGCUGACGCACAGAUUCACAAACGGAUGAUACAUUUUCACAAGGUAAUAGUGGCUAGAAAGAUGCGUCAAGCUGCUAUCACUGAGCCUACUGAUGCCAAAAAUAUUGGUGCACAAAAUAAAAUCAUUAGUGAUUAA